GUGUGCGCGCAGUUCAGCGAGUUCCAGCAGUGCCAGCUCCUCCUGGAGCAGGUGGUGUGCGCCACGGGGUGCAACCCGGAUUCGGGCAGCUACUUCAAGCUGGUCAACGACACGCGCGUCCUGCAACGCCUUCUCGCAGACCGUCUACCAGACCUGCAAGGGGCUCACACUGCCUGGCGUCGCCACACUCGACAAGUUCUUCCCCACAGCCGAGCGCUUCAUGGAGGACCUCUUCGGCAAGGUGGGCACGGCCUUUGGCGUCUACAACUUCACAGUGGCCGUCACGCCUGACGACUCUGACCAAACCCAGUGCUACAACGGGCCCAAGAAGCUGCCCCCCAUGCCCUUCUGCUGCGACCCGCUUCCCAUCCCCAUUGAGAAGUGCCCCGCUAAGGUUAUGAACUUCACGGAGUAUCCCAAUAUGAGGCAGUAUAUAAACAGGACGGUCACUGACAGGCAGUGCGAUAAGUUCAAGUGCAGCAAUAGCGACGGCGAUGGCGGUGCUGCUGCUGGUGCUGGUGGUGGCACAAGCACCAAGCUGAAUGGUAUCACAUCACCUGCUGACUGUAUUCCUGCAAGCAACACUGGUGGCAGCAGCAGCAGUGGUGGUACUGAUUUCAGCAGCAGCAGCAGCAGCAGCAGCAGCAGCAGCAGCAGCAGUGGGAGUUCCUCGUCUGGUUCGAGUGGUGGGAAGAUCUCCAACCGCCUGCAUGUUACGGCUUAUUUCGUUGCUGUCGCAUUGAUGCUCGCAGUGCUGGCACUGCUGUGA